AUGACUGGCGGCAAAACAGUACCAGCCGCUCCCUGGCGAGAUGCCUUCCUGUCCCACGUCAAACAGUUAAAGCAGCCAACCUUUACGCUGGGCUCUCUCCACCGAGCAUCGCCGCCAUCACAGUCUUCGGCACCCGAGUUUGUGCCCAGAGCACGCACAGUCAUAUACAGAGGCGUGUGGGCCUCGCUGAAUCCAAAUUCCAAGAACCCAGCACAACUCAACCGCGCCUCGUACGAGACUGAUCUCCCAACCACGACCACAGAUGCUCGCAUGGAAAAGGUCUCUGAAAUGUUCCCAACGUCCAAAGGCACCACAUCUGGCAUAGGCGGAGCCGUUGAGGCCGUAUUCUGGACACCGGAUUCCAUGACUCAAUGGCGUCUCAGAGGCCACAUUUGCAUGAUUGGCCCUGAUAUUGACUCAUUCGAAGCGUCGACCACGAGGGAAUUUCUUGCACCGUAUAUGCGGCAAGUUGGACAUGCCGAUACCGAGUGGAGCUGGAGCCGUGAACUGACGGCGCAGUUUGGGAACUUGAGUCCCUCCAUGAGAGGCUCGUUUCGAAAUCCACCGCCCGGCACUCCUAUUACGCAGAAGCCUGCAGAGGGGCUCGGCUUGGGACAGAGCGUUGAGGAUUUGGAGGAUGAAGUUGCAAGGAAGAACUUUAGAGUCUUGGUGAUUGUUCCGGAAGAGGUGGAUAGGGUUGAUCUGUCGAAUCCUGAGAGGGGCCAGCGAUGGAAUUACAGAUUGGAACGUGCUGGGGAGGAUGGAGCGGAAUGGAAAGAAACGGAGCUUUGGCCGUAA